AUGGCAGCUGUUCCCCAGGAAGAACUGCCCAUCUUAGAGGCAGUCAUAAAUCUCCGCAACCGUCUCACGGUUCUUAAGAAGAAUCGUGGUGAAUUCAUCAAAGCGCAGGACGUCCAGACUAUCUAUCAGGCGGUGGUCAAGCAGGUCACCAAGCUGAACGAAGUCAGAGAUGUCGAAGCGCCACAUGUCCAGAACCGUCUGGAUACGACUCUCGCGGAUGUCUUCAACUUGCUCUCCCUGUUCUUCCUUACGAUUGGGAAGAAUAGGGAGGCCCCGGCGACCUACUCCCAAAUCGCCAGUAUACAACAACUUCUUGACCACAUCAACGAAUCCGGGGUAUACAGCGAGUCGGAUCUGCAACCUUUCAGACACCGGCUCGCGGAUAUCCGACAAAUCGUGCGGAAGGACGCGGAGACGGGUCUCCACCCGCAGGCGAUGAUCAAGCUUCUUGAGCGAAAGUUGGACAAAUGCGAUGCGUCGCUGAAUGCGCUCCAUCAUUCGCUCUCCGAGUUGUCCCCAGAACUUUUGCCUAUACAUCAGAAGCUUGUCACCAUCCGGCGGCAGCUCGUGGCCAUCGCUGCCAAAGCGAAGCCCUCGAAGGCUGACAUGAGGCCGCUGUUGGAAGAGCUGCGGAGUAUUGAUUCGAAACGUGUGGAUGGCAAGUUCGUAGGCCCGGGGGGUGCCCCAGUCCCCUCCUCCCAGGCACUCUGCCAGUCCCUUCUUGAAGAAUGCUUCGACAUUACCCAAGAGAUCCGCGCGACGGACGACGAUGUUUCUCCGACCCUCAAGCCGAUCUACGAUCGUCUCGUGGAGAUGCGCACGCAGCUCGAGGGUCUUGUCAUGACCCAUCGGUGGACGCUGCGCGAGACAGACCUGUGGAACUAUUCCCAGGCAUUGCGCGAGAUCGAUAGCAUGCGUGUGGAUGGCAAGUUUGUGGAUGCGGAUGGAAACAAGCCCCCGGGGCAGUUUGUCCUUCUUUAUCUGUUGAGGAGGUGCUAUGGCUUGAUUUAUCGUCUGUUGUCGUCCAGCGAGCCAGUGUCAGAGGAAUUAAUGCCGAUAGCGAAUAAGCUGUCGACAGUGAAGAAAUGUCUGAACGAAGUGCUGAAGUACGGUGGUUCUUUCUCACCUCGCGAUCUGUGGCCGUACCAACUCGCGCUCCAUCAGAUCGACUCGAUGAGGAAGGACGGCAAGUUCAUCGGGAUCGAGGGGAACGUACCCGAGGGCCAGGGGAUUGUGAUGGCACAUCUGAAUGAGUGCCAUGAGUUACUGGAAAUGUUGAAGGAGUCGAUGGACGAUGAGGAAGAGGGCUAG